UUCUAGUCAUCCGAGCAUUACAUAGAGUAAUGAGAUACUAACUGCUGUGGCUAAUUGGGCACGAUUUAUCUACGGGAACGAUAGAUUUCGUGGCGGGACCGCUGUAGUUUUUCAAAUCGUUAGCCAAACACGGUAAAUCGUACCGAUGCGAAUACAAAUCAGAAGGGGUCGGUGGGCCGUAUUCGGUGGCUUCACCUUAGUUUGCCUCGCCAAUUUGCGAUUGGCAAUUGGUGACAAAAGUUCAGACGACGAGGACAGGGUACACGGGGAAGAAGUCCGGCAACAUGUAUGCUGCGCCAGACACGAGAAGACGAUCGACGUUGGAUACGGCAUAUCGGGAGAAGUUAUCCAAAUCGAUGCAGGCCACUGUCGUAAACUGUGUCCGCGACACGUUUUGGACGAUCCUGGGGAUGCGAGCCGACCCGCCGUGCAGAAAUGCUUCCUGGAGUCGCAUUGCCGUCCAAGGGCCGCGAAACUAGAAAGAGUGUCCACGAUUCAAGGUGUUCGUAUUAUCGAAGUUAUAGAAGCUUGCGAGUGCACGGCGGACACUUCCUGCAGACGAGAAUCCUUCACUCAUCUUGUACAUUCCGGUACUCCUCAUCAAGCGGUGAUGGACGUGGGUGUGUGCAUGGGUCACUGUAGUAAAGAUCUCGGAUGCAAGCCAGUAAGGAACGGUACGGUCAGCAUCAAAGGACCAAAUGGGGAUGAAGUGUACCAGGUGAUCGAGAAAUGUGGCUGUGCUGGAACCUGCCACAAAAUGGAUCACAUGGAGACCGUGUUAGAUUUCAGCGAAGUAGAGAUUAAGGACGGCACGAAUACGACCGACGUUAGGCCGGUUGUCCGGCAAAUUAACAUUGGACAGUGCGUCGGUACGUGUCCAGGAAACGAGACGGAAAUGUGCCUGUUACGAGACACAAAGGAACCGUCCAGAUGCUUGGCUGGGUUGUACACGAAGCAACAUACUUGCACACCGGCUAAAUUCAAAGUUCACGAGUACAGAACGAGGCCGAAAACGAUGACGAGAAACGUUCCGUUCCUCUUCUUGGCAUUGCUGUUCCUGUCGAAUCGGUUCGACGCACGCGGUCAUCCGAGCGGCUUCCCCGAGAACGACGAAGGCGACGAGGAAGAACUCGCCGAUUCUUGGUUUCUGGCUGAUUUGAACGACGGAAGCGAGCACGACACUCGCCGAGACGAAGCACUGGAGAAAUUGCAACAGGUCCUUGGUAUACGAAGUAACGGGGAGAAAACGGGACGUCGUAAGAUACCUCCUCAGUUUAUGAUGGAAUUGUACAAUAACGUGGCUGAUCCGAGCGGUGUCACGCGAGGUAGAAAUCCGUACAAUGCCAAGGUUGUCCGCAGUUUCAUCGAAAGAGAUACAUCCAUGUCGCGUUUCUAUUUCUUCAACAUUACGGGGUUGGAAGUGAACGAAUCUGUGCUGGAGGCAGAGCUUCAUCUCUAUCGUAAGAGGACACCCUUGAAAUCCAUGCAUCAAUCUACUUUGACGUAUCCUUACUACUUGAUAAGAGUGUAUCAAGUGUUGGACGAGAGAAGCCUUGAUGAGCCGGAUCUUCACAGGCUGUUGAAUGUCAGAUAUGUCGGCGCACACGCGUCUGGUUGGCAGAUAUUCAACGUGAAGCAAGCAGUUCUUGCUUGGUUAACCGGUGAACCGAACCUGGGCCUUCUGGUAACAGCCUCCACUUUAUCCGAGGAUCAAGUGAGCGUGGAGUUUUAUCGUCGUAACGAGUAUCAUCACAGCAAGCAACCGAUUUUGGUGUUGUUCGACGACGACGGGAAGAAUCAUCGAGGUGACAAAAAGACGGUCCCCCGUUAUUAUACCUACGGCAACAACAACGAGAUCGAAGGGGAAGUGUCUUACAACGAUGACGAGGAGAAGAUUGAUCUGAAGAACGACAAAAGUUUGGAGAAACGAAAAGGUCAACCGGAAGAAGCUCGAUGGCCGAGCGAGAACAACUCUGAAUUUUUCCAGAGACAGAAAAGAACACAGGAAGGAGAGUCUGACACAGUGACAGAAGCUGUCCGAGAGAAACAGCAUGCCGAAGAUGCAUCCAGAAGACGACGUAGAGGAAUCUCCAAGGAGAAACUACAAGACGAAACGUCCCAGGGGAUGUUAACGUCCAUGGACGUUUAUAAAAAAGCGAUGAAUCGGGAAAUGCUCGGAGAAACUAUUCUUCAGAGAGCGGUAUCUCGAUCCAGUGCGGAGCAUCGAGGAAAACGAUCUAUCAAAAGUCACGCCUCUGUUCAACAAAAUGUUACCGAAUGCUCGAGGCACGAGCUUUACGUGGAUUUUAAAGAAAUUGGUCUAUCUUCGUCUAUCAUUGCCCCAGUUGGUUAUUCAGCUUAUCACUGCAAAGGUAUCUGCGAAUCGCCAUUGAGCCAGGAUCAACAACCAACCAAUCACGCGACCAUCCAAGGAAUCGUUCACAAAAUGGGCCUGGUGAAAGGGGUCGAAAGACCAUGUUGCGUACCCACCAAACUUCUCGACACCACCAUACUCUUCUUCGACGACCACGAGAACGUUGUUUUGAAAAAUUACCAAGAUAUGAUCGCAGAUCGUUGCGGAUGUCAUUAACACCCUGCCUACUUGCUCGCAGAUGAUAAUGGACCACCAGUAUAUUGGCUUCCGGUUGGUAAUUUGUUAAGUACCUUGCCGUUCAGAGUUCGUGGGACGAGUUGUUCUGUUCUUUUCCGCUGAGGAAGGAAGGAGAGACACGUCCUUUCUUCUUCUAGCUCAUCUUUCGCUGAAAAAAGCAGUAGUUCGAGGAAGUCACAGUACGUUAAAAGAUGUUGAAAGAAAUGAGGAAUGCGUGUGCGUGUGCAAGAAGAUUGGAAUGUGUGUGUUAAAGAAUGCAUGUAUCACGUAAAAAAAAAAAAAAAAAAAAAGAAAAAAAACAAACAGAAGAAAAAU